AUGUCAGUCGUCCAAGAGUUUGUAGAUGUUUUGGGUGAGUUUAAAGGUUUAAAGUCUGGUAUUUCUGGCUCCCGUAUUAAGAAGUUGACCCAGUUGGCUGUUGAGAAUGCUUCACUGCAGGACCAGCUGGUUGACAAGGUUAUCGACAACCUGAAGACGUCGUCGGAGACGCACAAGCUCGGCGCACUGUACGUUGUCGAUUCCAUCGCCAGGGCCUACCAGGAUGUUGCUGCUAAGAACAUUGGUGCCAGUGCCGACGCCGCUGCUGGCUUAAAGAACUUGAAUGGUAAGAUCCAGGAUGCCCUAGCCGUCACUCUCGGUGCCUGUCCACAGGACCAUAAGGAGAAAGUGGCCAAAUUGAUAACCAUAUGGCGUAAAGCUGGUACUUUUGACCAGUCGAUAUUGGAUAGCGUUAAGUCUGAAUUCUUCGAAGGAUCAACUACCCCAAAGGGUGCCCCACCACCGCUGGCUACGGCUGCUAAAUCACAGGCCGAGGCAGCUCCUGUUCUUUCAGCCAAUGAUUUGUUGAAGAACUUGGCCUCUUUGCAAAAUCACAACAAUAACCAGAGUGCAAUUCCACCACCACCACCACCAGCAGCAGCAGCUCCUUCGUCUUCUGGAGUCGGUUCUGGUGCCCCUUCUGCACUCCCAAACAUUCCUGGUCUACCAUCAGACCCUAGAGAUGCUAUUGCUCAGCUUGUAUCCACGAUGCAAAACAAUGGUAACUUGGCUGCGUUUAUGCAACAACAGCAACAGCAACAGCAGUUUCAACAGCAACAACCACCGAACCACUCGUAUCCACAACAAGGAGGCUCCUUGCCAUCCCAAUCCGAGUCCUUCGGCGGCUAUAGAGGUGGCCAGGAUAACGAGCGUGGGUACGAGAGAGACAGACGUGAUAACGGUUACAGCCGUCGUCCAAGAUCAAGAUCUCCACAGAGAAGAAAACCAGCUGCGCCACCAGGCCACGUUAUCGGAGAGAAGAAUAUUCCAGGAACUGCUCACUACAGAGAGAAGAACGUUCAGAUGGAUCCAAACUUGCCUUACAACUCCAUCAAGGUGUUGAGUCGUACGCUGUUCGUUGGUGGUAUCCCUUCAUACAUGAAUAGCGAAGAGUUGAAGAGUAUCCUGAGACCAUACGCUGAGGUGCAAAGUGUUAUCAUGAACGCUGAGCGUAAGCAUGCGUUUGUCAAGACAUAUUCUCGUAAGGAAGCUGAGAACGUUAUCAAUAACUUCCACCAGAUCACUGCUGCUAAUCUAAGAGUUCGUUGGGGUGUCGGCUAUGGUCCUCGUGAUUGUUGUGACUACAUUCAUGGUGUCAGUAUUAUCCCAAUCGACAGAUUGACCGACGCUGACAAGCGUUGGGUCAACAGUGCCGAAUGGGGUGGUGCUGGAAUGGACAGACCUCUUGUUCCAAACAUGGUGAUGGAGGAGCCUGAUAUCGAAAUCGGUGAAGGUGUGUCUUCCAAGGCCAUUUCUAAGAAGAUGCCAACGGAUGGCUCCAGAAAUGGACCAAGAUCAAACAGACCUGGUGAGCAGGACCAGAGCUACUCCACAAGCCAGACAGGAUUGCCUUCGUUCAUGCAGAACAACAACACCAGAGAUAACCCAUUGGCAAACUUGUUUGGAGGUAAUGGCUCAUUCGCACAGGGCCAAACCGCAACUUCAACACCACCUCCGCCUCCGGGCCAAGCUCCACCAGCAGCUGGUGGUGAUGCUAACGCACAACUCGCCAACUUGAUGGCAAUGCUUCAGAAACAGCAGGGUAAAUAG